CGCGAAUUCCAAACCCCAGAUACAAUGGCCUUUAAUCCAGGAAACAACCAAGGAACGGGGUUUUCGUUCGGUUCUUCAGCACCAAAUAAUACAUCUAACCAAGGAGCUGGUGCCUCUUCCAACACAAAUUUGUUUGGAGGAAAUUCGGGCAACACUGGAGGUUUGUUUGGAUCAGCUUCGAAUACCGCAAAACCAGGAGGAGGCUUUGGUUUUGGCUCCAACGCAUCUGAUUCUGGCAAUAAGCCCAGUUUUUCCUUUGGACAGUCUAACCCAUCGGGGAAUGCUCCAUUAUUCGGUGGCUUGAAUAAGCCUGCGGCAGAAGCACCGACUGGUCCUACUGCAAGUGCCAAUACUAACCAGCCGACUACUCAACCAUCCGGUACCAGUGGCUUUUCUUUUGGUGCCAAGCCAGCAGCUCCAACAACCUCAGCUUCCAGCACCGGUGGCGGGAUUACGUUCGGAGGUGGCCUUGGUUCUGGUGGUGGCUUAUUCGGACAGAAACCCGCUACUAAUGCUGCAGCCAUUCCAUCUACAGCACCGGCCCAAGAUAAGCCUGCCGCUGGAGGAUUCAGUUUUGGAAAAGCUGCAGGAAGUGCUUCGGAAAACAAACCUAGUCCCGCAACGACAGGCGGAUUUUCUUUUGGAGGUGGUGGAACCAGUACUAAUGCUGCAGCCACUCCAUCUACAGCACCGACCCAAGAUAAACCUGCCGCUGGAGGAUUCAACUUUGGAAAAGCUGCAGAAAGUUCUUCUGACAACAAACCAAGCCCCGCUCCGACAGGCGGAUUCUCUUUCGGAGGUGGUGGAACCAGUACUGCUGGUGCCGCCAAGCCUGCUGAAAGCAAACCACUAUUUUCUUUUGGAGGAGGAGCUGGAAGUGGAAAUAAAUUAGGUACUACCACUACUACACCUGCUUCAACCGAAGCUAAUAAACCAUCGACUGAUACCACGAAACCAAGUACUACAGCCCCUGCCCAGCCUUCCAGUGGAUUCUCUUUUGGUAAGCAAGACUCUACCACUAAGCCUACAACAACAACAACCACUGGCUCACUAUUUGGUUCCAAACCCGCAGAGUCUAAUGUAACCAAACCUGAUGCUACUAAAGAUACUGCUUCUAAGUCUACCGCUACCGUACCGGUGGAAUCUCCACCCUCAUCUAUCAAGCAUAAAACCUUACAAGAAAUCCUUAACAAAUGGUCGUCGGACCUCACUACUCAGACCACAGUAUUUAACAAACUUUGCGAUCAGGUCGCUGACUGGGAUAAGGCUUUAAUAGAUAACGGAGCGUUAAUUUCCAAAUUAUAUGCAGAAACUGUCGAUGCUGAACAGUUAUCAAAUCGAGUUGAUGAUGGACUUGAAUAUGUUUCCUCUAGCCAACAGGAGCUCUUUAAAUUGUUAGAUUCUUAUGAAGCACAGCUUGAAUCCUUUGAUGGUCGCACACCUACUGCACCUAACGUAGAGCGCGAGCGUGCGUUUAACGUUGCCGAUGAUAUUUUGAGUCGCCUCGAUAGGCUCGGCGAAGAUUUAGGAACUGUAAUAAAUCAAAUGAAUGACUUCUCGAAGCCCGAUGAUUCUAUUUCUGAAAUCGUUAAGGUGCUGAAUGCUCAAGUGGCAAGUUUGGGAUGGGUGGAAAAUAGGAUAUUCCAAAUGGAAGAAAAAAUAGAAAGUGUCAAAAAAAGGAGCAAUGAUGUUUUAUUUUAAAUUAAAAGACACUACAGAUGUUAAUUAGGGAUAUCGUUUAAUGUUACUCUCUUUCUUUGGUAUCCAUAAGUCUAGUAUUUAUAGACAUAAGCAAUAUGAGAAUAGUUGUACAUAUAAAUUGGCCAUCAGGUA